AUGGGCGAGCAAGUAACUGGUCGAGUUUUGUUGGCUGAUUCGUUGUUGCACCCUCCGCAAUGCGUUCAUCAGUGGGCAUGUGUGAUGGGCGGUGAUCGGCCGAUGGAUGGUAAUCUAUGUAGCUCUCCGGAAUGCACUAAUGCGGCCAAGCUGCGUUGCCCGACGUGCAUCGAACUGAAAUUGAGAGAUUCCUACUUUUGUUCUCAGGAAUGUUUUAAAAAUAGCUGGGCAUUUCAUAAAUUGAUCCAUUUGGCAUGUACUGGAUCUCCAGAACAGUAUAAUCCAUGGCCUUAUUAUCACUUUACUGGGUUGUUGCGUCCUGCACCAAUGGGGCAGAAACGCGAAGUUCCGGAUACAAUCCCGAAACCUGAUUAUGCAUUUCGUACAGAUGGCAUUUCGGAAGGCGAACAAGUCGCAAAAAAUGUUAAUGAGAUUAAGGUGCUCGAUGAUGACGAAAUACAAAGCAUGAGAACAGUUUGCAAACUAGCUAGAGAAGUACUCGAUGAAGCGGCCCGAGCUUGUGAACCCGGUAUUACUACAGAUCAUAUCGAUGCUAUUGUGCAUGAAGCUUGUGUUGAAAGAGACUGUUACCCCUCUCCUCUUGGAUAUCAUCAGUUUCCGAAGAGUGUUUGCACAUCAGUCAAUGAAGUCAUUUGUCAUGGAAUCCCAGAUAUGCGCAAACUUGAGAACGGCGAUAUUUGCAAUGUCGAUGUAACAGUAUAUCAUCGUGGCUUUCAUGGUGAUCUAAACGAAACAUUUCUGAUUGGUGACAAGGUUAAGGAAGAUACGAGGAAGCUGGUGAAAGUUACAUAUGAAUGCUUGCAGCAUGCUAUUGAUUUAGUUCGUCCGGGUGUGCGCUUCCGUGAAAUCGGCAAUGUUAUCCAAAAACAUGCAAAUGCGCAUGGUUUCUCAGUUGUUAAGACAUACUGUGGGCACGGCAUUCACAGGCUUUUUCACACUGUUCCGAACGUGCCACAUUAUGCAAAAAACAAAGCGACGGGAGUAAUGAAAGCUGGCAAUACGUUUACGAUCGAACCAAUGAUUAACGCUGGUGGACAUAACAACGAACGUUGGCCGGAUAAUUGGACUGCUGUCACUAGUGAUGGGAAGCCAUCGGCACAGUUCGAACAGACGUUAUUAGUAACUGAGUCCGGAUGCGACGUGUUGACAGCUCGAAAUACAGGCCGACCUUGGUUCAUGGACCAGCUAGAAAAGAGUUAUUCCUCAGAUUAGGUUGAGUAGCUCCCACCUCUCCCACUCAGUUCGAUACAUCGAGGAAAUUCCUCCUGUAGUAAAGAGGUUUCAUGAAGUCACGACUUCAUCAGUUUCCCGAUUUGAACUGAUUUGUAACACUGUCUUGGUGUUUAGUGAUUGUUUUUAAUCUUGUUUUUAAUUCCCUUUUCUUUUAUUAGUUGUAUUUCUCCACGCAAUCCCGAUGCGUGAGAAAGUUAUUGUGGUUCCGAAAUGAAUGAACCAUUUCCGAAUUUUACAUAGUUGAUUUCAAUAAUGACUUUGACUUGUUCUAUUUUAAUUUGUUCUAUGAAUCUCCUUUAUCUGCCUUGUCCCAGCAUCAUAAUCGCGACCUCACUAACAAUAAAUUUGUUGUAUGUGGAGUUGUCUUAUUGGCUCAUAAUUUGUACUACGGUUUGUCUAAGACAAAGAUGAUGUCGAAAACGUUGGUUAUAGGAUAUCUUGUUUGUCUUGUUUCUUCAAUAGAAGAUAUUAUUUGGAGCUGUCUCAGUAUAAUGUUUGUUUUAUUUUCAAGUUAGUCCUUAAAUCAGUUCAUCCCAUGUCCUUGAUCUCUUAACGUCCAUUUAUUUAUGUUGGGACAUGGAACGUCAUCACUGGAAGUGUUAAUAUGACUACUUAAUAUCUACCAUUUUACAUUAAUAGAAAAUGCUGUCUGCAGUAGGGAACGCAUAUGUACGUACACGGAACAUUAUUAUGGCUAAGUAUCGCGACCACUGACACAAGUUUUUCUGCAUAUCUUUUUUUCUUGGAACUUUUCCGGUAUACUUUCC